GAGAUGAAAUCUGCUGCCUUCUUUCAGAGUGCUGUCGCCUAACAAUGCAGUUUCAAUCUACAAUCUUUGUGAUUGUCUCUUCUAGCUAAGAGGUUAAAGGGUUAUCUCCUCCUCCAAACUACAAAACACAGAGGAAGUCUUGUGUUAUUGUGUGUUUGACCGCAGACCUCUAGUCUGAUCAUUGUGCAUGGCAUUACCACCACACGGUCUCAUCAUUUCGACAUAGAUCAAGUUUGACUUCCUGUCUAUCUAUAUUUUGAGAUGAAAACUCUGUUUCUGCUACAGAUCUGUUGGCUGGAAAUCAUCACAGGAAUCAGAGUUGAACCUUCAGUGGACCAGUAUGGGUUGAAGGGGGGUUCAAUAUGUCUGGAUGUUGCAGAACCUGAGAUUCUCAAGGGACUUAAAUGGAAGACGGGCAGUGAUGUAAUAGUUGAUGAUGAAGAGAUCUCUCCUAAAUACAAGGAGAAGGUGGAUUAUAACUCUGUGAACCAUUCUCUGUGUAUAAAGAAUCUGUUGAACACAGACAGUAGAAUGUACAUGGGAAGUGCAAUUAAUCAGAGAGACUGGACAUAUUCAUCUACCACAUACAGACUAAAGGUGCUGGAUCAUGUUCCCAAACCAGUCAUGGAUGUCACAUCUCUCUUCAACACAAGUGUGGGACUCUGUGAUGUCACAGUGAACUGUUCAGGUAAAGAUGGCUGGAUGUUGUCUGUCUGUGGAUGGGGUCAGUGUACACUGUCACAACAGUUACUGUCUCUGUCUGGGGUCAAUGUCAUCAUCUCCAAUGGCAACGGGACUAUCCAAUGCACCAGCAGCAACCACGUCAGCACCCAGACCAUCUCUCAACCCAUGGAGGACAUAUGUAUUGAUGAGAAGGACGCCAAAGCUUCAGCAUUAUCAGUCAGGACCAUUGUGGCCAAUAUUGUUCGAUCAGUGAUUGUCUGUGUUGGAUUGGCAGUCACCAUAAUGGCCAUCAUCAAGGUCAAAAGAUGGAUAUCCUCAAAAGAAGAUGACUCAACUCAGGAAGUCAUCGUUGAAGUCGCUGACACCACAGUGAAUGAUUCAGCAGAGGUGAGGCCAGAACCACUGGGCCCUCCUGAGGUACAAACACUUUAUACAAAUGUGCAGAAACCAGGACAGCAACACUGAAUGGACUUCACCCAAUUGACCAGCGUUUUGUAUGAUAGACUAAUACAAUGGGACAAAAAUGUAACACAUAUUUAAUUUAGUAUCAUCUGCAGUGUAUAUUUGCUUAAAGGGAGAGCCGUGUCGGGUCGACUUCCACAACAACGAAGUGCAUUGAAGCAUGAGGCUAAACUCUGCAUGAUCUGAUGUGAAGCACACCCUACACAUGAACAGAUACUCUGUGAGUACAACGUCUUGCUCUGCUCUUAUCUACAAAUUCUGUGGUUCAUUCUGCUGGUCGUGGAAACAUCAUAUCGCUAAGUCUCAGUUUAAUGCAACUUGUGUUUUUGGAAUGUUGAAUGUCACACUUUGGUUGUGUUUUUGGAAUAUUGAAUGUCACACUUUGGUUGUGUUUUUGGAAUGUUGAAUGUCACACUUUGGUUGUGUUUUUGGAAUGUUGAAUGUCACACUUUGGUUGUGUUUUUGGAAUGUUGAAUGUCACACUUUGGUUGUGUUUUUGGAAUGUUGAAUGUCACACUUUGGUUGUGUUUUUGGAAUGUUGAAUGUCCCACUUUUUAAGUUCUUGUUUUUACAAAAAACAAUGAAUAAAUGAUUAAUUGAA